AGGAGCCAGGCUGUAUUAUUUAGUAAAACGUCAAAGAUCAAGAGCAGGAGAUUUGAUGAUCAGCGCGGGAGUUGCUGUCACGCUGUACCUCCCCCAGCCCGACCACCUGAUCGGCACCACACAGCUACCGGCCUUUUGAAGUGUCCUUGAGGUGGAGUAAUGGCAACAGAGGACGACGACUCUUUCCGCAUCUUAGUGGCCACGGACACCCACCUUGGCUAUGCAGAGAAGCAUCCUGAGAGAGGUAAUGACAGCUUCCAGAGCUUUGAGGAGGUGCUGGAGCUGGCAGUAGAGCACAAUGUGGACUUCAUCCUUCUAGGUGGUGAUCUCUUUCAUGAGAACAAGCCGUCCCGCUACUGCCAGGUGCGCUGCAUGGAUCUGCUGCGUAAAUACACCUUCGGGGACAGGCCAGUACACUUCAACAUAUUGAGUGAUCCUGCAGUGAACUUUCCUCAUACCAAGCAGGUCAACUUCCUUGAUCCAAACUUGAAUGUGGCCAUACCAGUGUUCUCCAUCCAUGGGAAUCAUGAUGACCCUGCAGGCAUGGGAUUACUGUGUGCCCUGGAGAUGCUGUCUAGUGCAGGGCUUAUCAACUACUUUGGUCGCGUGUCUGAUUUGAAUGACAUAAAGAUCUCACCCGUUCUGAUGGAGAAAGGCAAUACCAAGCUGGCUCUGUAUGGCCUGUCCUCAAUCAAAGAUGAAAGGUUACACCGUCUCUUUGUGGAAAAUAAGGUCAAGAUGCUGCGGCCCAAGGAGUCCCUCACAGAGUGGUUCAAUCUAAUGACAGUGCACCAGAACCAUGCCAAACGUGGACCUUCUAAUUACUUGCCUGAGAGCUUCCUUGAUCCAUUCCUGGACCUCGUCAUCUGGGGCCACGAACAUGACUGCAUAAAGGAGCCACGGCACUCCCAUCAGAACUUCCAUGUCUUGCAGCCAGGUAGUUCUGUUGCUACCUCACUAACCCCUGGUGAAGCAGAAGAAAAGUGUGCCUUCUUACUGCAGGUGAACAGCCACCACCAGUUCAAAGUUGAUCCCCUGCCUCUCAAGACUGUGCGUCCCUUCCUGUUUGAGGAAGUGUUUCUUUCGGAGUACAACAUAGAGGAUGAAGUGAAGCGUAUCAAGAAGACGGAACUAACCAAAGAGGAGAGCACUUGGGAACUCUUGAUGAAAGCCAAAGCAUUAGGGGAGGCCAAGGGGAAAGGACGAGGACGAGGACGGGGAAGCAAGGCCAGUGAUGCCGCUUCCCAGGCCCAGAUUAAAGAUAACCCAGUGGAAUUAUUUGUAGAGCAUCGGGUGAGGGAGCUCCUCAAGGGAGCCAAGAAGCUGCUGACAGGACACCCACGGCAGCCCACUCUACCCUUAAUAAGAGUACGUGUGCACUACUCUGAUGAAGCCGAGAUCUUCAAUGUCUCCCGCUUUGGAUUUAAGUUUGAUGGCUUAGUGGCUAACACAGAGGACUUGGUCUCCUUUGUACGGGAGAAAGUGAAGAACACAGACAGUGGCCAGGAGUCCUCCAUGGGUUUUUGUGAAAACCUUAUCAAUGUAGAUGACGUGACCAACACAGUGGAGGGAAUGGUGGAGGAAAUGUUUCGGAACAGUGAUACAACAGGAUGUGAAAUGCGCCUCCUUACUGAGCGGGGGAUGAGUGCUGCUAUUAGUGCCUAUGUGCAGAAGGAAGACAGGCAUGCAGUGCCCGCUAUGAUAGACUAUCAAGUGCAACGCAUGCAGGAAUAUCUCCUCAGCCUGGAUAAGGAUUAUGAUGAUCCUCAGGAGCUUGAAGCAGACAUUCUGGCCUUCAGAGCAGAACGCAAUGCUGCAGCCAACCUGGAAAAGGAAGAGGAUGAGUUCCAGGUUUUGGAAGCACUUAAGGUCAACAAGGCUAAGAAUGGUUCCACUAAAGACCAAGAUGAAGAUGAAGAUGAAGACAUCAGAAUCAGUGACGAUGAUGAUAGUGAUGUGGAGUUUUCUUUACCAUCAAGUGGGAGAGGAGCACGAGGCAGGGGAGGUCGAGGCAGCAGGGGUGGCUCCAGAGGCACCACAUCAACGGCCCACAAGCCACGAGGCAGCAGAGGCCGAGCACGGAAAUGUCUCAUAUAAAAGACUCCACAGCAGUGAGGAGGGACAAGAUAGAAAUUUCACUACAAAGAAGAGGAAGAAGGAUUUAGAGAACAUUGAUGGGAGUGUUUCAACCAAGUUACUAUAACCAUUCAUUAGUUUAUUUAGAUAUGGUAAAGUAAAUGUGUUGUUAAAGAAACAUACACAAAUGACUGACUUGUAUUCAAAUUGUCUGUGGUCAAAGAGUACCCUCUCACAGGUUCUAAAUGACAUGCCAUGUAAAUGAGUUAAAAAAAGAUUAUUUUGAGUGACAUGACAAGAGUAAUGAGUACAAUGGUGAUUUGAUUAUCUAUAUUCUUGGUAGACAUCCAGUACAAAGGUAUCUACAUGCAUAUAUUAACACACAAGCAUUGGCCUAGUCAACCAGAGAGAGGACCUAUUCUUUUCCUGUCUAUACAGUGUGCUAAGCAGUUCUCAUAAUUGAAGGCUAAAGUAAGGCUGCUUUAUCUAUUUUAUCUACCUCCUGAGGCAGUUUUUCAUAUUAUAUAGAGGGUAACAAGUUUCUGUGGGAUAUUGCUAAAGGCAAAAGUACUGGUUAUUCUAAGUAGAAAAAGCUUUAUAUACACAUGCAUUUUGAGACUUUCUUUUUGCCAUGGAAUGAAAUUUAAAUGUAGCAAGGUGACAACAGGCAGCCUUCAUCAGACAUGUUAAUGUAGGAUGUCCAAUGAUGAAUUUGUAAGUUAUUUGGUCAUCAUUUCUACAAAUUUUGGAAAACAACAGUAUCCCAUGAAGUAUUGCUAGAUAGAUAGGUGAUUUACAUAACACAAUGAUAGCAUGACUGUAAUGACAAAAUAAUAGUAUACUGCAUCAGCAGGGAAGAGGAAGGAAUGAGGAUAGCAGCAGAUCAGCUGAUUGCAGUUUCAUGUCAAGAGCGUGAUACAAAUAUUAAAAAUGCUGCACACUUACAGUGAGGUGGACUAUGUUAACAUGAUGUUUCUAUGACAAACACCUGCCUGGCCUGGCUGUUGUAUCUGUUGUCCCACCACGCUCUAAUUUUAACCCACAGCUAAAACAACACAAAAUGCACAUGUAUAUGGAACACUUUUUGUCUUAGGCAAUAUACACAAACUUCAGCUUUUAUAAUUGAAAGAAAAAUUAUUUUAAUUCUGAACUAUUACUUCCACAACAUAAGCAAGUCUCAUAUAUCUUCACUGAAUUUGGACAUCUGAUACAUUCCUACUUCAUUAACCACACAACACACACAGACCAAAACAUGUACCUUGUUAUACUUACAGUUAGUUCUCUCUAGCCAUACAAGUUUAUUUAAUUCAAUGAAGAGAAAAGAGAGAUCUUGGUGCAUGGUGGGGCACCUGCUGACAUCUGUAAUGCAGGGAUGUGUGUUUACUCAAUAUAGAAAGCAAUGGACACAAUUAUCCAUUUUAGAAAAUAAAUAAAUUUAUUUUUAA